AUGGUGGUGCCUGCUAAAAAGACUUUCUUGAUUAGAUCUUUGCUUUUCAAUGGCCCUUGCAUAUCUCAAUCCCCUCAAAUUCAGAUCGACGGAACUUUAAUAGCGCCAGACAAUAUAAAUAGAUGGGCGGGAUGUGCAUCGAACACAUGGAUUAUGUUCUCGCAAAUUAAUGGUCUUAAUGUUUAUGGAGAAGGAAAACUUAAUGGAAAUGGUCUACCGUGGUGGCAAGGCGAUAAUCUCAGAUACCUCCACAAUAACAAUUUUGAAUAUUCAUUUCAAUACAAGCAUCCAAGAUUGGGAAGUCCAAGAAUGGGAAGUUGUUCUCGACCAGCGGCAUUGAGGUUUAGUCAAUGCAACAAUCUUGAAGUUAAAGGAUUGACUCAUAUUAACCCUCCGAGAAAUCAUAUAAGCAUAAAUGAUUGCAACAACGUCAAAAUAUCUGAAAUAAAAAUAACCGCUCCAGAGCAUAGUCCUAACACCGAUGGAAUCGAUAUAUCUUCUUCAACUAAUAUCCAUAUCAUGAACUCCAUCAUCGGAACCGGAGAUGAUUGUGUUGCCAUUAAUAAUAAGUGUUCAAAUAUUAUCAUAGAAGGGGUUCAAUGUGGACCUGGUCAUGGUUUAAGUGUUGGAAGUCUUGGAAAGGGUGGAGAUUAUGCUCAAGUGGAAGGAAUACUUGUAAAGAACUGCACUUUCAAUAGGACAACCAAUGGAGCAAGGAUAAAAACAUGGCCGGGAGGGAAUGGAUAUGCUAGAAAUAUAACAUUUGAGAACAUUUUGCUUCACAAUACAAAGAACCCUAUAAUCAUUGAUCAACAUUAUUGCAAUACCACCCAUUGUGCAGAACAGGAUAUAAUAGAUGAAGAAGAACUCGAUGUACCCAAUGAAGACGACGAAGGAUACGCGAAAUUUAAAAAGGAUCUCAAAAAUCGAGAUGCAUUAGCUUUGAGCUUUAUUCAACAAGGAGUUGGGAAAACCGUAUUCCCUCGUAUUUUUGGAGUAAAAAUGCCCAAGAUGCUUGGAUGA